AUGGUGUAUCGGUUUUCCUUCACGAAAGCUAUUCAAGAUGUUCUUGCACAAACCAGUUUGCAUGGUGUGUUUCAUCUUGUCCACGCACGAAGCACAUACAUCGAGAAAGUAAUAUGGUUCGGUAUCAUUUCGAUGGCCCUCUUUGCCGGAUGUUACAAUGUGGGAAGUUUUUGGGUACGCUACUGGACCAAUCCUACCGUCAUAGCACUGGACCGUGAUUACCAUCUAUGGAACACAACAUUUCCCAGCCUAACCGUAUGUUUCCAGAAGCGACUAAAUGAAGACGCACGUGCUGAAAUGAUAGCACGAAUGGAUCCUGAACUGGCCCCAAGAUACGGAGAAUUUCUCGACACGCUGCUCGAGAGUGAUAUUGAAAAUGUCGGCCGUUUGGCAGAAUUUGACGAAUUUGAAGGGGUCAAUUUGAGGGAGCUGCUGAACGAGCUUACCGAUCGACCGAACGCCAUCAUCACGAUGGAGGGUGAUCUGCAGGGAACUUUGAUCCGCUCGUUAACGGAAAUGGGCAUUUGCUAUACGUUUAAUACGGCCAUCGGCAGGUACCUGAGCAUCGAUGCGUUAACACCGGACGAAAAGUUGUAUGAAGUGAGUGUUUUCAACGGGGAAGCAUCGGCAACGAUAUCGAACUGUACGUCCAAUGCUAAUAUUUAUUUUCACAGCCCGUACGAAAUGCCAACCAUUAGAAAAUCGCUUCUGGUAGAGCGAGGAUUUUUCACCUUCACCAAAAUGGAUUUUAAUGCGCUCGCCAUAACCUCCGUUCCCGCCUUGAGAAGCUUAAGCAUUAAGCAAAGAAAGUGUCGAUUUCCACACGAGUCAAACCUGAAGUUCUUUCCGGAAUAUUACUCCUACGGAUUAUGUCUGCUGGAGUGUAAAUUUUAUCUGUUUCUCAAACACUGCGAUUGCAUUCCAUACUUUUAUCAAAUUGGAGAUACUUCAAAGUAUUGUAAGCUCUCGCAGCUAGCGUGUGUGGAGCUGUAUCAAAGCUACAUUUCCUUUUUAACGGCCGACGAGUUGCGGGAAAUCUUUGGAGCGUGUAAUUGCAUGAAGAAUUGUGACGAUGUCACGUUCACGCUGCAGCAGUACGGUUCAACGUUUUGGUUCAAUGAUCCAGUUAUUAAGUGGAACAUUCGUAUCCCGAAAAUCCGUUACAGCCGAAGGAUCAUCUACGACUUUAUCGAUGCGAUGGUGUCCACCGGAAGCAUAUUGGAGUUUUUCUUUGGCUUCAGCAUCAUCACACUGAUCGAACUGGCAUACUUUUCAAUGAGGAAUCUAAUUUUGGCUUGCCUUCGCAUCAAAAUGGUUCGAACAAUGUGCAAACGGAAGCAGAGAAAAGUGAAAAAUGUGGCACAUCAGACUGUAGUCAAAAAAGCCCCGGGAAAGCUGAUACCGAUUAAAUAA